AUGCCUUCCACUAGUGACCUUGCCGAUCCCAAGGAGUAUCAGAAGAUCCUCCACUGGGCAGAGACACAACAGGACGGAGCGAUUCCUUCCUUUGCUACGAGACGCAAUGACCCUUAUGAGUACCAACCCGGGUUUGGAAACUCUUUCGAGUCAGAAGCAGUCCCUGGAACCAUCCCACGGGGCCAGAACAGUCCUCGUAAUGUCCGUUUCGGCCUCUAUGCCGAACAGAUCACUGCCACGGCAUUCGUGGCCCCCAGACAUGCGAACAAGAAGGCGUGGCUAUACCGUGCUCGUCCUGCAGUCGCGCACCAGGGCUUUACCGACCUCCCAGAUAACAAGGACACCGAGUCCAACUUUCUCCCUAUGAACCCUCGCAUUCACGUCUCACCCACCCAGCUCGCAUGGCACCCCUUCGACAUUCCCGAAAACGAGGAAGUCGAUUUUGUCUCCGGUCUGAAGACUGUCGCCGGCUCGGGAGAGCCAACUCUGCGCGAGGGUCUAGCAACUCACGUCUACGUCGCUAAUACCAGCAUGAAGAAGAAGGCCUUUGUCAACUCGGAUGGAGAGUUCCUCAUCGUUCCACAGCAGGGCGCACUCGAUAUUCAGACCGAGUUUGGACCCCUGUUCGUACAACCCGGCGAGAUCGUGGUUAUCCAGCGUGGCUUGCGCUUCCGUGUGGAACUACCCGACGGGCCCUCGCGUGGUUAUAUCCUUGAAGUCUGGGGUACCUGCUUUGAACUGCCGGAGCUUGGACCCCUGGGUGCCAAUGGUUUGGCUAAUGCGCGGGACUUUUUGAGCCCCGUUGCUCAAUAUGAGAUCGCCCAGGAGCCAUGGGAGAUUGUGUAUAAGCUCGGUGGCAAGUUCUUUAAGAGUACGCAGAACCAUAGUCCUUUCGACGUGGUCGCCUGGCAUGGAAACUACGUCCCUUAUAAAUAUGAUCUCACCAAAUUCGUCAAUGUGGGCUCCAUAUCCGUUGAUCACAUUGACCCGUCUAUUUUCUGUGUUCUUACAGCCAAGUCGCGCGACUUGACUGCGCCGUUGGCGGACUUGCUGACCUUCUCCCCGCGAUGGGACGUUGCAUCUCACACCUACCGUCCUCCAUACUACCAUCGAAAUGUUGCAUCCGAAUUGAUGGGCCUUAUCUACGGCGAGUACGGCGGUCGCUCCGAGGCCUUCAAGCCGGGCAGUGUUUCCUUUGAAUGCGGAAUGGUGCCCCAUGGCGUGGCUUACGAAGAAUUCAAGGCGGCAAGUGACCAGGCGCCACCCGUGAUGCAAAUUUCCGAGGCCUCGAUCGCGAUCAUGUUCGAGUCCAGCCGGCCAUUCACAAUUACGGAAUAUGCCUGGAACAGUGAUAAGAAGCAUGAGCAUGAACCCAAGAUGUGGGAUAGCCUGGUGGAUAACUUCUCCAAGCAUGCAAAGGAG